GAUUGCAGAGGCCCUCUCUCCCCCGUACGAGGAUGCGAGACGCCCCGACGGUAGGGUUCCCUUCGCCGCCGCGCCGCCAUGCCGCCGCUUCCGGCAGCCCUCGCCACCAUCUUCCGUCCCCAAUCGCCGUUGUAGUCCUCCCCCGCCUGUAAAUAGCCUUGACAGAGCCCUAGCCACCGUCUCCCUGGAGCACGGCGCCCGCCGAUAUUCACGAUGGAGCGCCGGUGGACGUCCUGAUCGUGGGCGAGGACCCCGCCGAGGCGACUAACCUCGCCACCGCGCGACUCCCCCAGCAUCUCUGCCAUCGCCUCGCGCUGCCGUGUGCAAGGACCAAGGAUACCACCGGCUCUCCUUGAUAUCUCUGUCUCCACUCCCCCGAGGUGCGAGGACUUCGCCGGCGUCAAAGCCACUGCCGGGCGGGACGCGCAGGCGCCCGAGGGGCGCGGCGCUCCUCUCCUGGUGCGGCGCACAAGGGAAGGAGGAGGGGAUCGAGCUGCCGGCACACCACCCACCGUUCGCCCCUGGUCCAGACUUUGUCGGAACUCCAUCUGUCGGUUCUGCACUUAGGCCAAGUUGAGCAUAUGUUAGAUGGUCUAGAUGACAUGGAUGGUGUCGAGGAUGUGCGUUUUGAUGAGCUCAUAGGCAUGCAAGGCGUAGUAUUUCACUUGGUUGGGAACGCAAUUACACGCAUACCGGACAAGUUUGCGAGCAGUUUCAUCAGACAGAUGCAGACCUCAGAGGGGCUCGACCUGAAACUGAAAGCACCGAGCGGUGAGACAUGGCAUGUGGGUGUCAGCAAGGUUGCCAAUGAGCUGUUCUUGAGGUCAGGAUGGGGAGGUUUCGCUAAGGCUCAUGAACUGCAGGAGAAUGACCUCUUGCUCUUCACAUGCACUGGCAAUGCCUCCUUCGAGGUCCUAAUCUUCGACCCGAGUGGCUGCGAGAAACUGUCUCCUCUCUUCGCCGGCAGAAUGCGCAAACACUUUGACAAUAUGGUGGGUCAAGGCGGCGUUGAGCAAUACCCUGAUUCUGAUGAUACUAGGGUGCCGUCUCAGUUUGUUGGAUCCCCUCAAAAGGCCUCUACUUCAAGAAAAUGCAGUGGCAAAACUAAAUCAAGCAAAGAGCUUCCUGAAUCACCAAGCAGCACCAGCUGUCAUGUUAAGCUUGAGGCAACUGAGGAACAGAAGAGUGAUGAUGACACAUGCACUGAGCCCGGUUACUACUCUUCGAGGACUGCAAGUCAGCUAAAUGAGGAUGAAAAACAGGAAAUCAUGGAGCGUGCUUCCAUCCGACCGGGGAAUCCCGCAUUCGUGGUGGUUCUGCUGAUGACCCAUCUCCAACGCAAGAACAACUUUCUGACCAUCCCCAGUAAAUUUGCAGCUGAUCAUCUUCAGAGCAAGCCGCGUGAGGUCCUGCUGCUUAGGCUGAGCAGAGAAGACAAGUGGCAUGUCAGGUGCUACUAUUCCAGCAGGACCAGAUGCUUCAACUGCCAACGUUGGGUCAAGUUUGUGAGGGACAAUGGGCUGCGCGAGGGCGACGUCUGCGUCUUUGAGCUGAUCAAAGGCGCAAGGAAGAUGACAACGAUGACCGUCCAUGUUGCCAGGAGGAAGAAAGAUGGCCGGUUUGUCGCCGGACAAUGGGCUGCGCGAGGGCGACGUCUGCGUCUUUGAGCUGAUCAAAGGCGCAAGGAAGAUGACAACGAUGACCGUCCAUGUCGCCAGGAGGAAGAAAGAUGGCCGGUUUGUCACCGUGGGCUAAUUAUAAGUUCCUGCCCACCCUUUCUCCUACAUUUUGGUAUGCAAUAUGUUGUACCGACCUGCCACUCCAAACUGAACCUGCUGUACCUGGUGAUGCAUUUGCAUGAAAAUGCAAUGGCACAUUUUUUAGCCUUGUUAAUGAUAAUCAUGCUAACAAGCACUUCAUUA